AUGGACAUCGUGGGUCCUGCGGGAACUGCGCCCCCCCGUAUAACAGGACGUGGUUCGUGGGACCGCCCCCGAGCGCCGCCCGUGAACCUCCCCGCCCCCAAAAUCCCUCCCCCCGAGGUGCGCCAACACCUUUUUAUCCCACGCCCGGGAAAGGGGGCCAGCCCCGAGCCCAUCGUGAUCCCUCCGCCCCGCCACAGGCUCGUCUACGUGCUCAAAAAGCAGCAGGGUGAAGCCGAAGGUCAUCGAAUUCCCGACGGCCCCCCAAAGCCGGAGGUCUUUUCGUCAACUACGAAGAGGGGGGAAAAACCCCCUCCCUUUCCCCGGCUUCGACCUCCCGCGGCUCCAGGGGGCCAAAGGCUCUCUGGGUCUGGACCUGAACCCGAAUCCAGACUCGAAAUUCCUUCGCCCUUCAAGCGAGAGGAACUUUAA